UUAGUCUAACUGAAGAAAUCAGAGUGCAAACAUAACCAAGAACUUAACAAAAAUUAAGUCAGAUCGUGUUCUAAUAUUUUUGUGGAUAUAACAAGUAAAUAGAGACAAAACGAUGGGAAUUUACGUUAAAAUCUUUGCCAUUAUGGCUGUAUUGUGCGUGGUCAGUGCCUUACCAGUUGAGGAAGUCAAGCAAGUCAACGAACCACAAGUUGAUCUAUCAGCUGCUGAAGGCUCACCAGUGGCAGAUACUGACGAAUCAGGCGAUGCAUUAACAAGAGACAAGAGACAUUUCAUACAUUAUGGAUAUAAACGUUAUCCAAUUGGUGGAUAUUAUGGAGGAUACUACCCAGUCUCAUAUGGAUAUCCAUAUGGUGGAUAUGGAUAUGGAUACGGCUACGGAUAUCAACCAAUCGGAUAUGGAGGAUUCUGGGGAUAA